AUGUCUGACCGUGUGUCUAUUAUCAAGGGGGACGACCUUGUUCCCACCAACGACACUUUCUCCAAGACUAGUCUUCCCAAGACUAACCCUCUUGAGCACCAGACAGUCACUGCCCCUUCUCUGCCAUCUUCUCAGUCAGAAAGUAUUAACAUGGGCCCCAACUACGGCAACCUCCCCUUGGGUCUCCGGCCCUCCGUUGUUGUCCCUCCUGAGGAUGUCCCUCCUGGACAUGUCCGCCUUCCUGGUGGAUUCAUGUGUCCUAGUGACCCUGUUGUUGAUCUUACUCAACCCAAGGAGGAACCGAAGGGGGGCGGUGGCUCUGAGACUAGUGUGUAUCACUGCCCAAGCGGUAUCCUCGAGCCCGAGGACGCUGAUGAGUUUCCCGGUGAGCACUUUCCAGAUGGCGAGCGUUCACUGAAUAUCCUUUCUCCCAUCGGUCCUAAGCGACCUAAACUCUACCUGCGGGACGACCGCCUCCCCGUGGCUCCAGUUGGACCGACAUCUUCGCCCUUCGAGGAGUACAGCACCCUGUACCAGGGCAUCGACUCCCCGUUCCCUCAGUCUGUCGGCCCUGAGUACCUGAACCCAAUUGAUCCGGCGACUCGUCUUCGUAUGACACCACACCAUGCUAUCAAUUUCCCAACCCCUGGCUUUAUUCAGCCCGUUGAACCUUACCACCCCAAGCCAAUUGUGCCUGGUUUCCCUGAGCCUAUUGGUCCUCCCCCAUCUCAGCCUAUGAUCUACUAUUAUGCUGAGCAUGUUUUUGACCCUCAUGGCGAGGCUCUUAGUCCUGCCCCUAUCCAUCAGAUGGCCCCUCCCCAGACUGACACCAACGACUCCGACUUUGCUCAGUCUGCCAUCCCCCAAGGCCCACAGGCUAUUGCUGCCGGUGAACCCCAGCCCCAGCGCAGCGGCUCCCUGGGCGAGAUGCUCAGCGGUACUGAGGAGGUUCCCGCCUCGGCUCCUCGCCGCCGUUCUACCAUUACUUUCAAUCCCAAUGCGAUUGAAUUCACGCCUAGUCCCACUGCUGCUGGAUUGGCCAACCCUGGAGCGACUGAGCUCGCACUCAUCCCUACCGAUACUGGAGUUGCUACCUAUGAAGCCACUGAGCUCACUCAUAACCCUGCCGAUCUUGGCAUGAUUCCCUACGAGGAAACUGGCGUUGAGGGUUUCGUUGCCCCAGAUGCUUGUGCUGAAGCUACUAUGGCCGAGGCCGUCCAGGAUACGUACAAGAAGAUUCUGGCCAUCGAGGAUGAGCGUGAUCGUGAGGAUGCGCUUAACGAGUUUUAUUACAUGCAGGCUAAGCCCUGGACUGAUGAGAUGACUCGUCUUGAGAAGGAGGAACAGGAGCUCGAGGAGCGCAAGCGCCGAUUUGCCCGCAAAAACUAG